AUGCUCCUCCUAACCACGCUCCUCCUCCUCACCCUCCUAAUCGCCCUCCCCGCAUACACAAUCUACCGCCCGCCGCACCUCCUAAUCCGAUACUUCCAGCACCGGUGGCCCGACACGCUCUGGCACGUCGCAGUGCCAGCAGGCCCAGGCACAAGACCGACAAUCGCGCUGACGAUCGACGAUGCCCCGUCAGCGUAUACGGGCGAGAUACUGCAGGUGCUGAAGGCCAAUGACGCGAAGGCUACGUUCUUUGUUAUCGGGGCGCAGAUUGCUGCUGCUGCUGCUGCUGGCCCAGGAGGUGGACAGGGGAUGCUGGAGAAUCUGGUGAGGGAAGGCAUGGAGUUGGGGAAUCAUGCGAUGUCGGAUCGGCCAUCCCGCGAUCUGAGUGAUGCCGUGCUGGAGGCGGAGGUUUUGGGGGUGCAGGGGUGGAUUGAGAGGGUUUAUGAUAGAGUCUUUCAGGAUCAGGAUCAUGGGGAUGGGAAUGGGGUGCGAAGGCAUCAUUUCUUUCGGCCUGGGUCCGGGUUCUUUUCUGAGAGGAUGCGUACCCUAAUUCAUAGACUCGGGUUGAGGAUCGCCCUCGGGAGUGUGUAUCCGCAUGAUGCGCAGAUUAGUUGGCCCCGGGUUAAUGCGUGGCAUAUUCUGAGUAUGGUGCGGUCUGGGGAUAUUAUCGUCUGUCAUGAUCGGAGGGGCUGGACAGUGCCGAUGCUGAAGCGCGUGUUGCCUGAGUUGAAGAGACGGGGGUUCCGUGUGGUCACCCUAAGUGAGUUGGUGGAGUUGGGAGAACAGACUGCCGCAAGGAAGUCGUGA